AGAAAAGUUACCUGCUCUGUUUGCCAGUCUAGAAAGUAGCAGCUGGGCCUCGUGCUUUCGGAUCACCCCCGAAGAGGAACCUGGGACUCUGGGUGUGUGUGGCGUGCUGAUGUGUAGGCGGCAACAGGCAGAGGCUCGCGGAGCUGGGCUGUGGCAGCUGGCAAACAGGUUCCCCAUCCUCCUGGGAGGGCAUAGCGGGCGGGGCUGGAGGAGGGAGCGGGUGGCCAGGCCUUGCUCCGCUGAGGCGCCGAGGCGUGGCUGCUCCCACAGCACCCAGGUAAAAGGAGCAGACACCAAUUCCCGGCACCGGAGAAGGAACCACGCAGGAGACCCAAACUCCCAGGUCCAGCCCUGCGCCCCGGCGCUAGUCCCUGGGUCCAUUCAGAGGAUGCGGCGGCUUCUGGGUACCAACUGGGCUGCCCAUCCCGGAGAAGCCAGAGAAAGGAACAGGGCUGCAGCGCCCCAUCCACCUGGGUGGAGGAGAGGACGCAGCGCCAGUCGAUUUCAGGAAGGAAGCCGGGAGCGGAGGGUUUCGGAGCCGGGGCUCCCGACCUCCAAACGCAGCCGAUGAAAGCUACAUUUUGGGACUGGACGCCCAGGCUGAAAGAAUUCGUUUGUACCCCAAGCAAGGAGCUCAGGAACCCCUUCCCUCCUGCCAGAGCAAGUCUUGGGACAUUAAACCCGCUGAGUUCGGAGACCCGCAGGGCUCCUCCCGGCACGCAGCUUUUUUGCAGUCUCACCUGUGCUCGGCUCUGUAGCUGCCUUGGAGUCACCCAAGCUUCUCCAUGUGGCCUCCCAGCCGGAGACAGCUCUGCCUGGCCUUCCUGCUGGUGUGCCUGCUCUCCGUCAGCACCUUCUUUUUCCACCUGCGUGGAGGAAACUUGUUUCCAAAUGGCCUCACUCUCUCUGUCCUGUGUCCAGGCUAUGACCUGCUGAGGUCCCCAGUGGCCAUGGUAUGCCUGCCCCGCCCACGGCAGAUGCGCAAUGCCUCCCCCUCCUGUCCUGAGCCGCUCUCCUCACUCCCGGGGACCUGGACUAUCUCCCCAGGAGGCAGGUUUGGUAACCAGAUGGGGCAGUAUGCCACACUGCUGGCCCUGGCCCAGCUCAAUGGCCGCCGGGCUUUCAUCCUGCCUGAGAUGCACGCCACGCUGGCCCCCGUGUUCCGCAUCUCCCUGCCGGUGCUGGACCCCGAGGUGGACAGCCUCACACCGUGGCAGCACCUAGUCCUCCACGACUGGAUGUCGGAGGAGUACUCCCGUCUGGAGGACCCGUUUCUCAAGCUGUCCGGAUUCCCCUGCUCCUGGACCUUCUUCCACCACCUCCGGGAACAGGUCCGCAGGGAGUUCACACUGCAUGACCACCUCCGGGAAGAUGCCCAGGGCCUGCUGAGAGCACUCCGCCUGGGCCCCGCCGGCGGCCGCCCUCACACCUUCGUGGGUGUCCACGUGCGUCGUGGGGACUAUCUGCAGGUGAUGCCCAACCGCUGGAAGGGCGUGGUGGCCGACCGGGCUUACCUGCAGCAGGCCAUGGACUGGUUCCGGGCCCGCCACAGAGACCCCAUCUUUGUGGUCACCAGCAAUGGUAUGAAAUGGUGUUUGGAGAACAUCGACACGUCCCGCGGUGACGUGGUCUUCGCUGGCAAUGGGCAGGAGGGUUCGCCGGCCAAGGACUUCGCACUGCUCACCCAGUGUAACCACACCGUCAUGACGAUUGGCACCUUCGGCUUCUGGGCCGCCUACCUCGCCGGCGGAGACACAGUCUACCUCGCCAACUUCACCCUGCCGGACUCGGAAUUUCUCAAGAUCUUCAGGCCUAAGGCUGCCUUCCUGCCCGAGUGGGUGGGGAUUAACGCAGACCUGUCUCCACUGAAGGCUCAGGUUGACCCUUGGGAGUCAGACAGUCUUUUAAGAUUAGUCUGACCCUGCAGAGUCAGCCAUCCGUGUCUCUCUGCUUUGGAGUGUGUCUGCGGAAGUCCCCGAGCCGGGGACACUCAUUUCCAGGCUUCCAGAUGAGGGGCUUUCUGGAAACGCUGGAAUGCUUUACAGACACUCCAACUGGACACUGUUUCAUCACGGUUGGAGAAGCCCAGGUCAGCACUGUAAGCCACAAGCCUUCUGACCGCCCUGGCUCACCUCCUCAGAACCUCUGGGCAGCUGCUUCUGGGCUUCAGAGGCUGAAGAAACUCCUGACUCACCAGAUGGCCUCCUGGGUUUCUGGAGCCAUUCUGGGGGGGGGGGCUUGGUGGUUGUUUCUGAGUGCCUGGUCCAGUCCCUGUGCAGCACCCUGCAGUGAAGAAUUUAAUGAUGGUGCACACCUCCUCGCUUCCAGAAACGAGGAGCUACGAGCACCUUUCAGGAGCCAGCAUUGUUAGGAAGAUGAGAACAGUCGGAGCAAAUCUGAACUCUGUCCAGAGAAUUCUGGCCCCAGAGAAAUGUCAAAGACUUUUACUUAGGGAGGGGAGAGUAAACGGGUGAAAAUGUGGGGCAGGGGAGAGAUCCGCUGCUGAGAUGCCGUGCUCUCAGGAGCUAAAGUCCUUAAACAUCCAGGGACCUAAAAAAAAAAAAAAAAAAAAAAGAGUUCAAAGCUUAAAUGCACAUAUAGCCCUGGAUUUAGGAUCAAGGAGGUUUCUUUCUCUGAAGAUGCUACAGGGGGUCUAGGGUGUGUUUUCUGGAGGUGACCAGGCCUUCAGGAUGUGCCCCUGGGCUUACAAAGCCCCUAAAUCCAGCUGUAAGGUCCGGGGUGAAGGGCUGAAGGUGGUCCAGACCCCUGAACCCAGCCUAACCCUGCAGAUGCGCAGGCUCAGAGGAAGCAAGGGACGUUUGGCUGAGAUCAUGCAUCCUUGAUGCUUUUCAAGAAUGAAGGUGGUUUCCUCAGAUAGCACAUACUCUAAUUGUAUUUUCUUCCAAGACAAACCUCUGUUCUUCUCAGGGAGUUUCCCGGCACUUUUUCCCAACUUGGCCUGUACAGGCUAGAGAGAGGGAGCAGUGAAUUAAAGCGCCACAUCACCAAUA